AACUGUGACGUUCUACACACGUCUGCUCCGUCACUAUGGCUGCAAGAGACGCGAGAUGGUAAAAGCUUGCUUAAAUACAAUUCGUAUAUCCAUAAUACCUCUUGUCUGCCGUUCUUUUGUCUAAUAACAGAAACGGCGUAUGUCAUUUUCAUAUUUGGAGCCAUUUAGUUCAGUAUUUGCUCUGAAACGAAGAGGAUUAAUAGGAGAACCCAUCAGCUGCUUUCAUUCAGGAAACGACAUCUCUAGUUUAAAGUAAACAAGCGGCGCUCUUCCAAAAAAUGGCGAAAAUGUACCACAAAGAUAAAAGCAUUCAGAUAAAGAGCAGCGCGUCGGCGCUCUACAACAACCUGAGCGUCCUGCGCAUCGCGCCGCGAUGUCUCACCUAUUUCACGGUGGUCCACGCCAACGUGGUGAACAUGGUCAGCGCCUCCUGGGACGGGCUGAACUAUUCCCACCGACAGCUGCAGUCUAAAGAGGGCAACGUGGCCACCAGCUCCUCAGUUAUCAUGCAGGCAGCCUGGUGUGUCCUGCCCUCAAGAGAUCUUCUUGUUCUCACCUCUCAGAAGGGGAUCCAGAUGUAUGAAUCAGAUGGAUCAAUUAUGGUCUAUUGGCAUGCACUGGACACGCCAGAGACCCCUACUGCGAAAGCAGUGUUUGCCCGAGGAAUUGCAGCGGUGCGGGAAAAAUAUAUUUGUGUAGGGGUCUCAUCUGGCUCAGUGCUGGUGUUUGACGUUCCCAGUAAAGGCAGUAACAUCACCCUGUCUGAGGUUUUGGAGGAACAUAAAGAGGCAAUCACAGACAUGGCCUCUGAGUGCUCAGGCAAUCUGGAGUGCAUUGCUGAUUUAGUUAGUGCUGAUGACUCUGGCCUCCUCUGUGUGUGGAAAUCAGGAGAAGAUUUUCAACUGCUCAACAAGAUCCCUGGUUUUGACACAAGUUGUUCUUCAGUAAAACUCUGGAAGGGCACAGUCAUUGCUGGCUAUGGGACGGGACAGAUCCGUCUGUAUGAGGGGGUCACAGGUAUACUGCAUGCAGAAGUCAAUGCCCAUGCACGCUGGAUCUACUCACUGGACAUCGCCCCAUUCACUGGACUGCUGAUCUCUGCAGCAGAAGACUCCUGGGUUAGAGUAUGGCAUCUGAGCUUGACUCCAGAGACUAACAGUGUAGAGAUUGAGCACAUGUACAAUGAGUGUGUGACUGAUACACAGAUCUGUGGAGCCAAGUUCUGUGAUGGGGACGGCUACGCCUUUGCAGUGACCGGCUAUGACUUGAGUGAGAUCAUCCGCUACACACAAGCCUAGUCAGGAAUACAGCAUGCACUUCUAGGACAUUCCCAUUGGUCAUAUGAGGAUCACCUGCAGAAGGAAGGUCAUGUCUUGACAGUAUAUUGGUGAAUAUAUUGCUGUACAGUCAUGAUAGGCAGAGUCAGGCUGGAGUGAAUGUAACCCUAAAAUCUACUUCUAACGUCUUAGGCACUAAAAAGCCACACUUGAACCAGGUGACUGUGUUAAGUAUGAUAGGUCUACAUGAUUGGCAGUUGUGCUAAGUACAAAAUACUCUUUUGUGCUCUGAUAUUAAGGUAAAAUACAUAACAUUGUUUAAACGGAACAGAUCUCAAAAUGAAGCAUUAAAAUGUUAGAAGUGGUUGUUCUUUUAAUGUUUUCUUCUCACAUAAUUUGUUUAGUAAAUGUACUGAACAAAUUCUUUUACCUCAUUGAACAAUUUUGGAUGUGCAAUUGAAUCAGAUGGCAUGUAAUCAUAUUUGUGGUUCAAAAAACAAAACAUAUCAAAAUAGUUUGUAAAGUAUUUAUUCAUUAUAAAUAUUAUAAAUAUUAAAUACGGCAGAGGCUAUUUUUUCCAAAUGGAAUUAUAAUGUUCUUUAUAUUUGUCUAGAAACAAAAGCAUUGUAUCUAGCUUGAUGUUAAAUCACAUAUUUUAUAUUUUGUGUUGUCAUAGUUUUUGCUAUUUUCUGUUUCUUUGUAAACAAUUGUCAAUGACAAUAAAAAAAAAAAGACUUGUUUACUGUGACUUUUAUUGCAAUUAUAAAUGUGUACCAGUAGAUGGCAAUAGAUCUUAUAUCUUUAAUGGUUUUCUGAAACAUUUUGAAGAUUUUUAACUUUUGAGAUCAGAAUUAGCAUAUUUAAUUCAAGCAUAAGUGCAUUCAAGUGCACUGAUUCAUAUAAAAACAUCUGUGAAACGCAUCACAGAACAUAUUAGAACAUGUCCAGCACUCGUUUCUAUUCAAAAUGUAAAAAAUAUCAAAAUCUAAAAUGCCUAAAAAGACAAGGCUUUGUUUUCCAACUGAUGUGCUCUCUACAGUCCUUAUACAUUAUAUGUACAUGUAUUUGCAUUGUUUUGACAGUUGUUUGUAGAUCCCACCUUCUCGCAUGCCACAAUUGGUCGAUUAUUUAUGUACAAUGACUGGAUGUAAGCUACAUUAGCUUCAGCAUCUAUAAAAACCAGACAUUGAAAAAGAGGAUGCGUGGUCACCCUACCAGUGUGCAAUGGGUUUCAUGGUCCUCAGGGUUAUCUCUGUGUAACCUUAAGGUAUGAAGUGAACAGAAAAUCAUUUAGAUCAGCUUCUUGACAAAAUUUACUUUCAAGAGCAAAUUUGUAAAUAAGCAGCAUUUUCGUCCAUGACUGUUGUAAUAUAUUCAUCACCAUUAACUUUUGUCCCUUUGUGCCUCUCUGUUAAGCUAUAAAAGAAGACUUUGAUUGUCAGAUGUGUCCUUCAUGCACCUGCCAUGAGGCCCUGAUGAGCCCUUGUCCUUGAUUUACACCCUGUUUUCACACUGUAACGUUUUGUUGUCAUUACAUCUUUCAUGUAUGCAGGUUCCUGUUUUUAUAGGUCAAAGCAGAACACCAGAGGAAUGCAGAAUAUCACGUCAAGCUGUUUUAUCAGUUACCCACUAAAAUAUCUACAAUGCUCAUUUGACUGUAUUUUCCCCAUAAUAUUUAUGUCCAUAGUUCUGUUGUUCCCUCAUAGUAUUAUCCACACAUGGCCUCUCUUUCCAGCUUGUUGUUGAUAAAACCCCAUGGUCUCUUAUGUAAGACUUUUAACUUUGUCCUAUGGAUGACACUGUGUGUGCCCUAUAUCUGUUAUGAAGAGAGGGUGAAUAUCAAUGACACAGAGGGACAGAGCUAAUGGGUAGAGAAUAGACUGCUGACCGUCAAAUUUGAUGGUGGACAGAAAGGGAGGGAGUCUGGAGAGCGUCAAUGAGACCUCCACUGGCUGUGGGUUUAAUGGAAUUAUGUAACACUGCCAUGCAGCACUAGAGCACAGCGAGAUGUGUUUAAGGUCAUUGUGUUUAGUGGGAUCUGUGGUAAUAAAAACUAUGGCUGGUCUACAGGCCAUGUAAAAUUCAAUAGUGCUCUCCAGACACAUCAGAUCUGUGGGCUUCGGGGAUGGGGGACCGCCAGUCAGCGUGGCACGAUGCAGUUCCAAAGGACACAAGACAUUCAUUUAUUACACUUAAGCAGAAGUU